CACUGGCUCGCAAAGCGCUCAACUACCUUACUCGGAGCAAAAUGGAUAGUGAGAUACAAGGAUUCUUUAAAAACAAGACCGUUUUCCUUACGGGUGGCACCGGAUUUCUGGGAAAAGUGAUCACUGAGAAACUGCUGAGGACCACGGAAGUCACUCGGAUUUACACCUUAAUUAGAGCUAAGCGGGAAGUGCCCAUCCAAGACCGAAUCACGGCCUGGGCGAAGGAUCCGGUGUUUGAGGUGCUCCUGAGGGCAAAGCCAGAUGCCAUGCAGCGGAUUUGUCCCAUCGCGGGGGACUGCCUGGAUCCGGAUCUGGGUAUUAGCCAAUCGGAUCGGAGGAUCCUGACCGCCGAGGUGCAGGUUGUGAUCCAUGGAGCCGCCACCGUGCGAUUCAACGAGGCUUUACACCUGUCCCUGGUUAUCAAUGUGCGGGCCACUCGUCUGAUGCUUCAGCUGGCCAAGCAGAUGACCCAGCUGGUGUCCUACGUCCAUGUCUCCACCGCCUACUCGAACUGCGUGGUACAUGACAUCGCAGAGCGCUUCUAUCCAGAGCACUUGAAUUGCAGUUCGGAUAAGAUCCUGGCCGUGGGUGAACUGGUGAGCAAUCAAUUACUGGACGCGAUGGAACCGAGCCUUGUUGGCUCCUUCCCCAACACGUACACCUACACCAAAGCCCUGGCUGAGGAUGUGAUCCUGCGGGAGGCGGGCAACCUGCCCCUGUGCAUCUUCCGCCCGGCGAUCAUAAUGUCCACUUACAAGGAGCCCCUGGUUGGCUGGAUAGACAACCUAUUCGGACCAAUGGCCCUCUGCUUCGGCGCAGCGCGCGGUAUAAUGCGGAUCACCACGGUGGAUCCCAAUGCCAAGAUCAGCCUGGUUCCCGCUGACUUCUGCGUAAAUGUGGCAUUGGCUAGUGCCUGGAAAACGGCGGAGAAAUCCGUACUGAAUGGAAAGGUCAAGGAGCCUCCCAUUUACGCGUUUGCGCCCAGCGAGAACAACCUGCUGACCUACGGAAGGUUUAUCAAAUCAUCUCUUAUGUAUCGGGACAUCAUACCACUGACCAAGAUGCUAUGGUAUCCCUUUGUCCUCUGCAUCUCCAGCACAUCCCUAUUUCAAAUAGCCGCCUUCUUCUUACACACUCUCCCCGGCUACUUCUUCGAUAUGUUGCUGCGUCUCAAGGGCCGGAAGCCCAUUCUCGUGGAUCUGUAUCGGAAGAUUCACAAGAACAUCGCCGUCCUGGGUCCGUUCUCCAGCACCACCUGGAACUUUGACAUGACCAACACACAGGAGCUAAGGGAAUCGAUGUCCAAGCAGGACCGCAACCUGUACGACUUCGACAUGGCCCAGUUGGAUUGGGCUGACUACUUCAAGUCCGCCAUGUACGGAAUGCGCCUCUAUAUUGGAAAUGAGAAACUCACUGCGGAGUCCAUUGCCAAGGGCCUGAAGCUCAGGAUGCGCCUUAAGGUCCUUCACUAUGCAUUCGCAUCCUCGCUGGUUUCCGCUGCUGCUUACGCCCUGUGGUCGCUGGCGAAACUUGUGGUUUAAUUCCGAAGAGGGGCUAUUCAAAAUUUAAAACCCAUUGACUUUAGCACCUUCAACAGGCAGAACUUUAGGGAUCAACUUUUGUGAUCAACAAUGCGUUGCAAUCGACUAUGUCUAACUUUCCAAUUUCGCCCAACAGCAAAAUUUUUUACAUUUUAAAUUUAUUUAUUGCAAUACUUGCAAUAAAAGUGUAGGGCUGAGAUGCUAUCGACUUAUUCGUCACCUAUUCAUCAUCACUCGAUAUGAGAAAACGAUCACAGCUUAUUUGUAAAACUUCGUAAAUAUUACCUUUAAGUAAGAUACCUAAUGUAAGAUACCUUGAUAAAACAUUUGGUUUAGGACAAAAGAAUAUUUUCCAAGUUCUACAGCUUACAUUUUAAUUAAAUGCCUAAAACAUACUUUAAAAUGCAGUAACCUUAAACGAA